AUGUAUCUAGUCAUUGCUUCAUGGCUUGGGUUUCCAGAAAUAGUUACUCUCCUUCUCAAAAACGGAGCCAACAUCAAUGAGGCCGAUGAUCACGUUGGAGCGCCACUCCAAGCUGCGGCGGCAAAGGGCCACUCUCAAAUUGUCUCACUUCUACUGGAAAAGGGUGCAGAUAUCAAUCAACAAAGUGACCCCUAUGGAACCGUCCUUACUGCGGCCUCCUGGCACAACCACAUCGAAAAUCUGAGUGCCUUGUUCUGGGGCCCGCUCGCCGCCGCUGCAAAAAGAGGGAACUUGGAAGUGGUCAAGUUGAUAUAA